ACUUACGAAACGUCUUUGUGGUGGAGACCGUAGCAUGUGCAUGAAAGUCGGUCAACUUCUGAAAUCAACGGAGAAAUGUUAAGUAAUCCCUGUAAUAAAAUUUUGUUUGAGUUUGAUAAGGUAGAAGAGUUUUGUUUGAGUUUCCGGAUCCUAUGGCCUUCGAAGCCGUUGUGUUGUGGGUGUUAUGCAUGCUAUUUGCAAAACAAGGUGAGAGCAUCAUAAAGCCAGGGUCUAGGCUCUAUGCUACUGAAAUUGGGAAUAACAGUUCAUGGGUAUCACCUUCUGGCCACUUUGCUUUUGGCUUUUACCCACAGGGUAAUGGCUUUGCUGUGGGUAUAUGGCUGGUUGCUGCUCCUCAGAAAACUGUAGUCUGGACUGCUAACCGUGAUAUCCACCCAGUCCCCUUGAAUUCAACGUUGAACAUCACCACCACUGGUAUGCGGCUUUUCCCAAGUGGGAGAGAAAGCCUUGCUCUCAUUUCAACUAUUAAUACAACUUCAGCAUCUAUGCUUGAUUCUGGUAACUUUGUGCUCUAUAGCAAUGGCAGUACUGUUGUUUGGCAAAGCUUUGAUAAUCCAACUCACACCUUACUAGGAGGUCAGAAUUUAACUUCCGACGCCAAACUGGUUUCCAGUGGAGCUUUCUUUAUCAUCAUGCAAGAAGAUGGAAACCUCGUUGCUUAUCCAAAGGACAGCGCAGCAUCUGCCUCUGAUGCUUACUGGGCUUCAAACACUGCUAAAAUGUUCGCAGAGCUCUGGCUUAGUGCCGCGGGCUCUCUUUGCAUUGGUGAGGGGAUUACCUGUUUGCACAAAAACAUUAGCCCUCCAAACAAAUCACACAACACAAGUUCAAUCUACCGUGCAACACUUGCUGCAGACGGGAACCUCAUACUGUAUGAGCACCAAUUUGAGAACAGUAGUAGCGAGUCUACACAUGUCCGAGUACUGUGGAGUACCUCGCUUGAGAAAUGUCAAAUCAAGGGGUUUUGUGGGUUUAACACUUAUUGCUCAAACGUAAAAGGCGAUGCGGUGUGUGAGUGUUUUCCUGGCUUCGUCCCCUCCAACACCAGUGGUAACGUGUCUCGGGACUGCGUAUUAGCCUAUGCACAAGAUGGUUGUAGAAGCAGUGAGGCCCCAAACCAAAUGAUUUUGUAUAAUAUUGCUGAGUUGGAGGAUGUGUAUUGGAUCGCUACACCAUAUUCUGUCGUACCGAUGAAGAAGAAAGAGUGCGAAAACUCUUUACGGGAUGAUUGUGAUUGCGUGGCAGUGUUAUAUUGGAAGGGAAACUGCGAAAAGUACGGACUGCCGCUAACAUAUGGCAGACGGCUUCAAAACUCAUCUGUGGUGGCACUCUUCAAGAAUGCUUCAGGAACCGUCCAAAACACAAUUCCAGGAACCUUUUUUCAGAAGCCUAAAUCCAAGGUGGUUACGGAUAACAAGAAAAGUGUGAUAAUGAUUCUAGCCUUUACUUUGGGUUCCAUUUCAUUGUUAUCUUUGAUAUUUGCUGUGUCCAUUUUCUUCACUUACAAGCGGAAGGUGCAUAAGUAUACAACGUUGUCUGAAAGUGAUCAGAACCUGGGAUUGACUGGAGAAUGCUCUCUGCGUUCGUUUUCUUUCGAUGAACUUGUCAAAUCCACUGGAAGCUUCACGGAAGAGAUAGGGAGAGGAUCAUUUGGAGCGGUUUACAGAGGCGAAACAGGUGACGACAACCAAAAUAUCGCUGUCAAGAGAUUGGAGAGAGUUGCUGUUGGUGACUGGCAGAGGGAAUUCCGGAAUGAGAUUACUUCCAUUGCUCGAACACAUCACAGGAAUUUGGUUAAGCUGAUUGGUUUUUGCAUCGAUGGAGCUGGGAGUCUCCUCGUUUACGAAUACGUAAGAAACGGGUCUCUGGGAAGUCUUCUCUUCAAUGAUGAGAAACAGAUAUCCUGGAGAGACAGACUAAAAAUCGCAUUGGAUGUUGCUAGAGGAAUCCUUUAUCUACACGAUGAGUGUGAGGUCCGCAUCGUCCAUUGCAAUAUAAAUCCUCGAAAUAUACUUAUGGAUGAAACGUGGACUGCAAAGAUCUCUGAUUUUGGAUUUGCAAGACUACUGAAGUGUGAGCAUUCAAGAAUGAGAAAAGAGGACGAUGGGACAAGCAAGUACUUGGCACCUGAAUGGCAGAAGGAAGCACCGGUGUCGGUAAAAUUUGACAUUUACAGUUUUGGGAUGGUGCUGCUGGAGAUCGUGUGCCGCAGACGCAGCAUAGAAAUGAAAGUUUCCUCAGCAGAAGAGAUACUUCUCUCCAGCUGGGUAUAUAAAUGUUUUGCAGAAGGGCAAUUAAAUAGGGUUGUUAAGAAGGAUGAAAGUGUGGAGUGGAAGAUAAUGGAAAGAAUGGUGAAGGUGGGGUUGUGGUGUGUGCAAGACAAUCCUUCUCUUCGUCCCUUGAUAAAGAAUGUCAUCUUGAUGUUGGAAGGAUUGAAAGAUAUUCCAAUUCCUCCCUCUCCAGCCCACCCUCAUCGUUAAAUAUUCCUAGGAACAUCUUCUAUACCAUUGUUCUAUGUCUCUACUACUGUAGUUUCAUUUUCAUCUUCAGUUCUUCUUCUUGUGCUUCAAUUAUAUCAAAACCCACCUUCUCUACUCGCCAGUUCCCACCUUCAAAGUUCAUGAAAUAAAAGACCUUAAUUUUCGA